AUAUAUUUUUAAUUAAAUUUAAAUUUAAUUUAUUUUUAAAAUAUUAUACUACUACAUCAUACAAUAGUUGAGAUUUAAAAUUUAAACCCAAUUCCAAACAAACACAACAUAACGUUGUACGUCGAUCGAUUUUGACAGUCAGCGGUGGGUUGUCACUUUAAAUUCGCCUACAAAUUCUCGCGUCCGACAAUAAGAAAUUUCAAGUCACUCCAGGGACCUCAACUCCCGAAAGAUCCAAACCGUUCAUAUCACAAGAUCCCGGAGUAUCCUACAAAUAAAGAAAUGAUAUCUUCAUUCACACAGAAUACACAUCUUCUUCACGAUCUCUUCUCCUCUCUCAUUCAAUUCCAUCGAGCUCCUCCCCGAAGAGCAAAAUAAUAAAAAUAUAUCAUAAUAAUAGAAUAAAUUAGAUUAGAUUAAAAUUAGGUGCGUAGGGCAUUUAAUAAUUAAUACAGGUGAUGAACACCAGCUGUUCGACGAAAUUCCUGAAAGAAGAAAUGGGUGAAGAUUCAGCGAUGAGGUGGAUUUUAGAUUGGACAGAUGGGGUCCAAUUUGUGAGGAAUUUAGGGAUCCGAUGUCUGAGUUUGGGCGUUUACGUGUGCUUGGCCUUGUCGGGGCUGCUGUUCCUGGAAUGGAUUCACGUCAUGUUUCUGGCGACCAUGGCGAAGGCUGUCGGAAUAAAGCCUCGGGAAAGGUACAAAUGGGAGGAUCUUGACGACGGGGAUUAUGGUUUUCCUAUGGUUCUUGUUCAGAUUCCUAUUUACAAUGAAAUUGAGGCUUAUAAGAUAUCGAUUAGGGCGGCGUGUCGGCUGUCGUGGCCGUCGGAUCGGUUCGUCAUUCAGGUUUUGGAUGAUUCGACGGAUCCCGUUAUCAAGGCUAUGGUAGAGAAAGAAUGCGCGAGAUGGGCGCAAGAAGGUGUCAACAUUAGGUACCAAAUACGAGAAACAAGGGCCGGCUACAAAGCCGGAGCCCUUAGACAAGGCUUAUUACACGACUACGCUAAAGCGUGUGAAUAUGUUGUCAUCUUCGAUACAGACUUUCAACCAGAUGCCGACUUUCUCAAGCAAUCGAUCCCUUUUCUCGUGCACAACCCCGAGCUUGGUCUAGUACAAGCUAGAUGGAGGUAUGUGAAUGCGGAUGAGUGUUUCUUGACGAGGAUGCAAGAAAUGUCGUUGGACUAUCAUUUUGUAGUUGAGCAAGAAGCAGGGUCAUCAUUCCAUUCGUUCUUUAGUUUCAACGGGAGUGGAGGAAUUUGGAGAAUUGCUACAAUCAACGAUGCCGGAGGUUGGAAUAGCCGAACCACCGUGGAAGACAUGGACCUCGCCGUUCGAGCUGGGCUCAAGGGUUGGAAAUUUCUUUAUCUCGGCGAAUUAGAGGUGAUGAGUGAACUUCCGAGUACUUUCAAGGCCUACAGGUAUCAACAACACCGGUGGUCGUGUGGGCCGGCAAAUUUAUUCCGGAAAAUGGUGGUAGAGAUUACAAAGAAUAAGGAAGUGUCACUGUGGACAAAGGUAUACAUGGUAUACAACUUCUUCUUUAUCCGGAAGAUCAUCGGCACGAUGUUCACUUUCUUGUUCUACGGUGUCGUGUUACCAUGUGUAUGUCUUUUGCCGGAAGUUGAUGUUCCAAAAUGGGGAGCCGUUGCGGCUACAUUCCUUAUUGCUACCGUAAAUGCACUUGUCUCGACUCCAAGGUCACUUCAUCUAGCCGUUCCAUGGAUACUUUUCGAGAAUGUGAUGUCAUUCCAUCGAGCCAAGGGCUUAGCAAUCGGUCUACUCGAGGCCAAGAGGGCUAACGAGUGGGUAGUUACAGAAAAACGCGGCGACGCCCUCAAGAACCAAAAUGACCUCGAGUCUAGUUUACUAAAGAAGCCCGUGCGACUUGAUCGUUUUCGCGACAGAAUACUAGCACAAGAGCUGGGGAUUGCGGCAUUUCUUUUCGCCUGUGGAUGCUACAAUGUUGUCUAUGGAGACGACAAAUAUUACAUAUAUCUCUUCCCGCAAUCUAUCUUUUUCACCGUUGCCGGAUUCAGCUUGUUCGGCACCGUUGUUCCGAGCUACCAGCUGUACUAAUCUAACAUUAGUUGAUUCUUAGGUAUAUAUUGCUA